AUGGCGGCGAGCAAGGGAGCAAGGAAGAGCCUGGUGUCGAGGACCCUGGAGCGGUGCAGGUCCGGGCUGAACAGCGGCGGCAAGUCGUCGGCGGCGGUGGCGCCGGGGUGCUUCUCGGUGUACGUGGGCCCGGAGCGGGAGCGGUUCGUGGUGCGCGCCGACCGCGCCAACCACCCGCUCUUCCGCCGCCUCCUCGACGACGCAGAGCAGGAGUACGGCUACGCGGCGCAGGGGCCGCUCGCGCUGCCCUGCUCCGUCGACGCCUUCCUCGACGUGCUCUGGCACAUGGACCACGACGUCCAGGACGACGACGAUGGCGAGGCCGCCGUGGCCCCGUCGACGCCCAUAUGCGGCCUGCAGCGCGCCGGCAGCGGGAACAUCAAGGUCCGGCCGGCGGGGUACCGGGUGCUCAGCCCGGCCAAGUCCACGCCGGCUUCCUUCUUCUUCUCGCAGACGGCGGCUGGCGGUAGGAGGUGAGCUCUAGGCGCGCAGAGAUUUCAACAAGUGACCACCCGCUCUUCCGCCGCCUCCUCGACGACGCCGAGCAGGAGUACGGCUACGCGGCGCAGGGGCCCCUCACGCUGCCCUGCUCCGUCGACGCCUUCCUCGACGU